CCUAAUGCCCUAUGUCCUUUUGUAUACUUACGUAAAUAUAUAGUGCAUAUUCAGUUAAUGAUUAAAAAUAUAUUUUUAUUUUUUACGGGACAAAAUAAUAAGUGUUGAUCAAGUAGUUUGUGGUACCAUAAUAGUUGAAAGUUACACGUAUUUGACAGCCUAAUCACAGAAUCCAUACAAUUUCGGAGUGUGGUUAUGAUGAAUCAAGAAGCAAGUGUCAAAACAACUCCAUAACACAAUGUUUACCUGCUUUAGUAAUUGUUUCGAUAAGUUAGGCAUAAUUAAAAUUGAAAAUGAGCCGCAAAAUGAAGAAAACAGUAUUGCUCUUGACAUUAAUUAUGCAGGCCAAGAGGUUGUCAUAGUGAAAAAUCGCAGUAGAAUCUGUGGACGUGGGGGAGUGUUAGGAAAUGCACCUUUGGUACAAAGCAAAAGUUAUUUCGAAGUGAAAAUACAACAGGAUGGCAUUUGGGGGAUUGGUAUUGCCACCAAGCUAACAAAUCUUAACACAGCUGUAGGUGGAACAGAUAACGAGAGCUGGGCUCUUAAUUCUGAUGGUGUGAUACGGCAUAAUAAACAAGAGUUGCAUAAAAUACAGAGUAAAGCACAAGAAGGAGAUAUUAUUGGUGUUUCUUACAACCAUGUGGAAUUGAAUUUCUAUUUAAAUGGAAAGUCUUUAGAAGUUCCGGUUAUGGGAAUCAAGGGUGCUACUUAUCCUGUCCUUUAUGUUGAUGAUGGAGCUAUUUUAGACUUUAUUGUAGAUAAUUUCUUAUUCAGUCCACCAAUAGGCUUUGAAAACAUAAUGCUUGAGCAAUCGUUACUUUAAAACAAAUACUUUUAUUUUCACAUGCAUUCCUUCCAAUCAUUGAUACAUUUACAUUAUGUGUCAAACAUUCAUUUAUUUAUUUAUUUAUUUGUAUUUAUCAUAUAAUGAAGCACUUGAGAUAGUGAUCUCAAUGAUUGAACCAUUAAAUGUAACAAGAGCAUUUAUUAGUGAACGUACUGUUAAAGAACUUUUGCUUUCAAUGUUGAUUAAUGCUUCAAUUUUUUAAUGACGAAAGUAAGUAAAUUAAAUGUAUAAACAUUCAAGUUUAGUUAUCGUAUUGUAAUACUAUAAGAAAAUGUUGGUACAGAAAAUACGUAUAUACAUAUGUAUAUUAUAUAUUUAUUGAUACAACAUAUAACUCUGUUUAAAUGUUAUUAGCUAUUUUUAUUGUAAUGAUAAAUGGAUUUCAAAAACUUGACACGUACUUCAAAAACCAAACACGUGAGAAUUCUCAUGAUUUAUUAGAAGAUUCACAUAAUAUAAGGACAGCUUUUUAAUAAGCUGCAUUACAACUUUUUUAUUUUUAUAGUAUUAAUAUACUGAAAUCUUAAACACAUUGGUGUGUAUAUUUUUUUUUAUCGCUAAUAUUUUGAUACUUGAUACAAUAUUUACAGUGUUUUUUGCUUCAUUAGGCAUACGUCAUGAAUUCGUUGACAAAUUUUAACUUACCAAUAUUCAUUAUCUAAUGGACAGUAACAUAUUCUAAAUUAGAGUAUAACACCCUGUUGAAAACAAAAUUUUUUAUUUUAUGAAAUAAUUUUUACUGGCGAUUUUAAGAAAUAAAUAACUUGCUUUUCAAGUCCACUAAAAAUCUCCCAACUUAUUUAUUAAUAAUUGAUUCAAAAGUCGUGUUAUGUCUUUGCGAAUCUAAAAUUCACUUAUGGCACUGUUGUAUUGUGAAAAAUGCUCUAAUAUUCUCAUGUAUUUUCACUAGUGAAUAAAAUAUUGCCAAUUGCAAGACAAACUAUACAAAUUUUUAAUCUUACUUUCUAUGUCCUUAAGCAAACUGUGGUAACUUAUGAAAAUAAAAAUAAUAAAUUCUAUAUAAAAAUUGUAA